AUGAAAUAACUUUUAAGAACUCAGAUUAGACAAAUCCAUUCUAACAAUAAAACCUUCCCAAAAACCUUCGAUAAGCUUCUUAUUGCUAACAGAGGUGAGAUCACCAGAAGAGUAAUCAAAUCCGCAAAGAAAAUGGGAAUUAAGACUGUUGCUGUUUACUCUGAUGCUGAUCACAACUCAAUGUUCGUUAGGGAAGCUGAUGAAGCUUACAGAAUCGGUACUCCACCAUCAAAAGAUUCCUAUCUUAGAAUGGAUGUAAUCUUAGAGGUUAUAAAGUCAACUGGCACUCAGGCCGUCCAUCCUGGAUAUGGUUUCCUAUCAGAGAACAGUAUAUUCUAAAAGUAUUUGCAGGAUAAUAAAGUCAAGUUUAUCGGACCCCCAACCAAGGCCAUCUAAGCUAUGGGAGAUAAGAUUGAAUCUAAGAAGCUUGCUAGAGCUGCUAAGGUCAGCACUGUCCCAGGUUUCCUUGGAGAAGUAAACUCCGAUGAUGAAGUCAAGAAGAUCGCUGGUGAAAUUGGAUACCCAGUCAUGAUAAAGGCAUCUGCCGGUGGUGGUGGUAAAGGUAUGCGUAUUGCUUACAAUGACAAGGAAGCACUUGAGGGAUUCAAGCUCUCAAGAGAAGAAGCUAUUUCAUCAUUCGGUGAUGGUAGAAUCUUUAUUGAGAAAUACAUUGAGGAACCUAGACACAUCGAAUAUCAAAUUCUUGGAGAUGAACUAGGUAACUAUAUCUAUCUACCAGAAAGAGAAUGCUCAGUUCAAAGAAGAAAUUAAAAAGUUAUUGAGGAAGCUCCAUGCUCUAUUAUGGAUUAAGUGACCAGAGACAAGAUGGGUAAAUAAGCCAUUCAAUUAGCUGCUGCUUGUGGAUAUUACUCAACUGGUACAGUAGAGUUCUUGAUGGAUAAGAAUAAGGAUUUCUACUUCCUUGAAAUGAAUACUAGACUUCAAGUUGAGCAUCCAAUCACUGAGGAGAUUACAGGUAUAGAUUUGGUCGAAUAACAAAUCUUGGUUGCUGCAGGAUUCCCAUUAUCAUACAAGCAAUCUGAUGUCAAGAUCCAUGGUCACUCCGCUGAAUACAGAGUUUAUGCCGAGGACCCAUCUCGUAAAUUCCUUCCAUCAAUUGGUUUCCUUCAAAAAUACAAGGAGCCAAGAGCUCAUGAAAAUAUCAGAAUCGAUACAGGAGUUUAGGAGGGAUCUGAAAUUUCUAUGUAUUAUGAUCCUAUGAUUAGUAAACUUAUUACUUGGGGAAAAGAUAGAAAGGAAUGUUUAGACCUUCUAGCUAAUGCUAUGGAUGAAUAUGUCAUUAGAGGAGUUACUCACAAUGUAGGAUUUGGUCAAUCAAUUUUGAGAAACAAAUCAUUCCAAGAUGGACAGUAUACAACUGCUUUUAUCCCAACAUUUUAUCCAAAUGGCUUCAGAGGAGAUCCACUAGAUCACAGUGAUCAUGCAUAACUUGCACUCAGUGCUCAUUACCUUAGAAAUCUCUACAAUAACCUUGGAACUAACAAUCAUACUCAUGAAAAGGUUUACUAUGUAAGCAUCAAAGGAGGAGAUCAUGAUAUUGAUUUCAAGAUCGAGCAUGUUGAUGGAUCCAAAUUCAACGUUACCGAUAUGCAAUCAAAUAAAACUACUGCCCAUGAUGCCUCAGACUUCGACUUGGAAUACGGUGCAAUCUUAAGAUUUAAAGACAAUGGAGAGAAUAAACUUGUUUAAUUCAUCAAUUCUAAGGAUGAUCUUUACUUUAACUUCUAUUACAAGGGUAACACUGUUCACAGUGCCGUAUAUACUGAGACUCAAUACUAAGUAAAGGGUCACAUGGCUCCACCAAAGAAAGUUGAUCAUGCAAAGAGUGUUAUUUCACCAAUGCCAGGAUCUAUUGUAUCAGUUAGCGUUGAAGUUGGUCAAACUGUUACCGAAGGAUAAGAACUCUUAAUUGUUGAGGCUAUGAAGAUGUAGAACAUUAUUAAGAGUGAAGUAGAAGGUAAAAUCAAAAAGGUCAAUGUUAAACCAGGUCAAUCAGUUGCUGUCGACGAACUUCUCAUUCAGUUUGAAUGA